AUGGCAGCAAAGCCCGUCAAGAAGCACGGUGUGACCAUCCGGCAGCUGGUGGAGGAGGUCCCCGAAGGCUGCAGCCUGCCAGACUUCGAGCAGAAGCCCGUCACCAUGGCGCUGGCCGAGGGGAGAAAUGCCAUCCUGCGGGCUGUGGUCUGCGGGGAGCCCAGGCCCGAGGUGCUGUGGCAGAGCAGCAAGGGGGACCUCAGCAACUGCAACAAAUACCAGAUCUUCUCCGCCCCCAGCAGCAAGGAGCACGCGCUGCAGAUCAACAAGCUGACCGGCGAGGACACGGACGUGUACCGCUGCGUGGCGGUAAACCCGUACGGAGAGGCCGUGUGCACGGCCAGGCUCACCAUCAUCGAAGUUGGCUUUCGGAAGAAACGAAAGAGGAACACAGAACCUCAGGAGGACCUCAGCAAGGAGCUGAUGGAGUUACGGAAGAUGCUGAGGAAGAGGGCUCCACUUCCCAAGAAGAAGAUCGACCCGGAGCAGGUGUGGCAGCUGCUGAUGAUGGCGGACCGGAAGGACUACGAGAGGCUGUGCAUGAAGUACGGCAUCGUGGACUUCCGCGGCAUGCUGCGCAAGCUGGAGAGGAUGCGCAGGGCGCGGGAGGACAGGAUGGCGCAGUACCUCAACGCCGUCUCCAACAUGAAACACAUGAAGGUCACCAAGGAGGGGGUCGCCUUCUUUGAACUGGACCUGGACCUCAAGGAUCCCGAGAGCAACAUUUACCUGUAUAAGGAUGGCGAGAUGGUCCCCUACAGCUCCGACAGCCAGAGCAAGCGCAGCCUGCGGCGGCUGGGGAAACACUACCACUUCCAGAUCCAGGACCUGUGGCCCGAGGACGCUGGCAUCUACGAGGUCAAGGUGGAGGACGCUGAGGUCUUCUCCACCGAGCUGGAGGCCAAGGCCAUCCCGCCCAGGGUGGUGGUCCCGCUGGCCGAGACCCGCUGCGAGGAGCACGGUGACGCCGUCUUCGAAUGCGUUCUCUCCAACACCUGCCCCAACGCCACCUGGAAAUUCAAGCAACGGCCGCUCCAGCCUAGCGACAGACAUGAAGUGAUUGUGUCCCCUAACGGGCUGACCCACCAGCUGGUGGUGAAGGGGGCCCGUCUCUCAGACAUGGGUCCCUACUCCCUGGAUACGGGGCUCUACACUUCCAGCGCCUGGCUGGUGGUCGAAGCUGGGAAGGAUACUGGCCUCCUGACCACCAGUGCUGACCACCAAGUUCAGGUCCAGAGAGGUGGCACGGAGGGCAAGUCAGAUGUCAGCAGCCGAGGAAAGGAGGCCACGAGGAGUCCCCGAUCCAGGCACACCCCUGGCACGGGCGGUUUCUUCGAGGAAGCCCGCGCCCCCCUGGGCCACUUCUCCCAGGGCCUGGCCGACACGGAGGUGAAGCUGGGAGAAGAUGCCACGCUCUCCUGCACCGUCAGCCGGGACCUGGGACCGGGCACCUGGUUGAAAGACGGCGUCAAGCUCAGCCCCCAGGACGGGCUGGUCUUCCAGCGGGACGGGCUGGUGCACAGGCUCCUCAUCACCUGCGUGCAGGAGGCCCAGGCCGGCAGGUACACCUUCGUGGUCGGCGACCAGAAGAGCGAGGCCACCCUGACGGUCCGAGACCCCCCGGUCAUUACUCCCGAGGCGACACAGAGCCUGAAGGAGCCCCUGGUGGUCAAGGCCGGGAAGCCGCUCACGGUGAAGGUCGCCUUCCAGAGUCGCCUGCCGGUCCAGGCCAUCUGGACGAAGGACGGGGCCGAGGUGGAUGGCUCCAGUGGCCGAGGGGCCCAGGUGGCCCUGGGCGACGGCGUCACUCGACUGUGCCUCCCCAGCGCGGGCCGGCAGGACAGCGGCCAGUACAGCCUGACGCUGAGGAGCAAGGGCGGCUCCGUGCAGGCCGAGGUCACCGUGCACGUCAUAGACAAGCCCCAGCCGCCCCAGGGCCCCCUGGAGGUGCAGCACUGCCGAGGGACUGGGGUCUGCCUGCAGUGGCGGCCCCCACGGGACAGCGGGGGCCGGGCCCUGGAGCACUACGUGGUGGAGAGGCGGCAGGACGGCCGGAGCACGUGGCUGAAGGUGGGCGAGCCCCCCGCGGAGAGCACCAGCUUCACGGACGCCCAGGUGGAGCAGGGCAAGAAGUACACCUUCCGCGUGCGGGCCGUGACCUCGGAGGGGCCUGGGGAGGCCCUGGAGUCGGAGGAGGUGCUGGUGGCUCCUGAGGCGCUCCCCGGGCCCCCUUCGGCCCCAACCAUCCUGUCGGCCUCCAGCAAGAGCAUCUCUCUGACGUGGACGGCGCCCCGAGGCCCGGGCAGUGCCCACAUCCUGGGCUACCUGAUUGAGAAGCGCAAGAAGGGGAGCAACAGCUGGGCCCCGGUGACCGAGCAGCCCGUGGCUGAGCGGAAGUGGACGGUGACCGACUUGAGGCCCGACUGCCAGUAUGACUUCCGGGUCACGGCCGUGACCCCCUCGGGCCCCGGGCAGCCUGGGCCCCCGUCGGAGGCCGUGUUUGCGCGGGACCCCAUGAGACCCCCGGGGCCCGUGAGGGACCUCCAAGUCACAGACACGUCGCACACCAGCAUCAGCCUGCGCUGGGCCCCGCCAGACGAUCAGGAGGGGGACGAGGCGCAGGGAUACGUGGUGGAGCUGUGCGUCUCGGGCAGCCUGGAGUGGGCCCCGUGCCAUGGGGGCACCGUGCCCGUCACCACCCACACAGCCAAGGGACUUCGGCCCCAAGAGGGCUACUUCGUGCGGGUCACCGCAGUGAACAGCGGGGGCUGCAGCCAGCCCACCAUGCUGGACGUGCUUGUGUACGCCAUGCCCACCCCUGUCUCUCCCAAGUUCCUGGUGGACGACAGCUGCAAGGAGUCCCUGAUGGUCAGAGUGGGGGACACCGUUCGAGUGCCUGUCCGCUUCGAAGCUUCCCCCAUGCCGGAGGUGACCUGGCUGAAGGAUGGCCUGCCCCUCUCGAAGAAAAGUGUGACCUUCACCAAGGACGGCCUCACCCAGCUGCUGGUCCCCGUGGCCAGCCUGUCGGACAGCGGCGUCUACACCGUGGUGCUGAGAAGCCCACAGGGGAAGGAGGCCACCUACACCUUCGUCCUCAGGGUGGCUGCAAAGCCGCAGGCGCCCGGGCCCAUCCACCUGCAGGAGAACGUGCCCGGGACGGUGACAGCCGAGUGGGAGCCCUCUCCCGACGAGGCCCAGGGCGUCCCGCUGUACUACACGGUGCUGAUCCGCUCUUCGGGGAGCGGCUCCUGGGUGGAGGCCGCCGACCGCGUCUACACCAACCGCUUCACCCUCCUGGGCGUGCUCCCUGGCCACGCGUACCACUUCCGAGUCGUGGCCAAGAACGAGCUGGGGGCGAGCGAGCCCUCAGACAGCAGCCAGCCUUGGUGCACCCCACGGCAGCGCGACAGGGAAAGCCUAGGGAAGGCCCCCAGCCGCCGGCAACCCGAGCGGAGCCAGAAGCCCCGGUUCCUGGUCGGCCUGCGCUCCCACCUGCUGCCGCAGGGCUGCGAGUGCCGCAUGAGCUGCGCGGUGCAGGGCUGGCCCCGGCCCCGCGUCUCCUGGUUCAGGAACGGCGAGAGCCUGGAGGGAAAGCCCACCGUGCACAGCACUGACACGCUGGGUGUGUGCUCCCUGGUCAUCGCCAGCGUCUCCCCCCAGGACAGCGGCCUGUACAAGGCCGUGGCCGAGAACACGCUGGGCCAGGCUGUCAGCAUGGCCACCCUCCUUGUCAUAGGUGACAGUGCGCGUUGUGAGGGCAACGACAGCCUGAGCCAACCGGCGAGCCCCGAGAACGCAGGCGUGGCCGACGGCACUGUCCACAGCUCCAUCCCGGUGUCCACCCGAGGUCCCUGA